AUGCCUCUGGAACAGGCUUAUCUAAGUGGGCGAGAGCCACAUGCAUCCAGCAAGACUACCAAGGACAGGAGCAACACUGCCACCCUGCUGGCCUCCAGGAGUACUGCAGUCACAGAGUCCAUCGGAAGAGGCUCUCGCAGCGGCUCUGAAAAAGAUUCUGGAUAUUCCGACAACAACAGCUGUUCAGACUGGCUCCAUGCGGAUGGGGAGGACCGGGGCAGCAGCUUGAGUGAGCCCAGGGGAAGGGAGGGUCUUCAGGGCCAGGUCAAGCCCAAGCAGGUCCCUCUCCAGGGGAACGACUUCCUGGUCCGCAGCCCCGGAGGCCCCGACCUCACCCCCAUCUUCAUCAUCAAGAACGUGGUGUUCAAACAGCAUGAGGAGUUGCCUUUCUUUCUCUCAUCUUCCCUUUAUCUUUCCUUUCGGCUUCAAUUACCCCGCCCCCCCCAGAACAAGAGGAUCUGUACAGAGGACAAGAGGGAUGAGGUGUCCACUAUUACUCACUUACAGACGCCAUCCAGGCAACACGUCCGCAAGCAGCCAGACCCCAAGAGAAGCUUGUCUCACUGGAGGAGCCCUGCCUCCUCCCACUCCCCCAGCCCCAGCUCUCGAUCUCCCUCCAGCCUUUCCUGCCUUGUCUCCCCCUCUGUGUCCGCCUCCUCUUCCGGUGGCUCCUCUCCCCUCCCGGCCAGCAGGUGGCCUUGCAGGCACAGUCCAGGCCUGUCCUUGUUCAGUGUGGAGCGUGACAGGCGCUUCCUGAACACGGUGGGCAUCCUAAGCCAGUCAGGCCUGCUUGACAUCACGCUGCGCACCCAGGACCUCCUCCGCCAGAGCAAUGCCACAGACCGAGACAUCGCCCAGCUCCGCCAGCACACUCAGCUGCUGUACCAGGCCGCCAACCAAAACAACAACCCCAAUAACGACAACCCCUAUAACAACAACGACCCACACAACAACAACCCCAAUGCCAACACAGGCUGGGAGAGGAUACACCAGGCUAUGGCUCAGUCAGGUUGCUACCCCAGCCUGAAGAACCUGGGGAGUGAAGAGGAUACACCAGGCUAUGGCUCAGUCAGGCUGCUACCCCAGCCUGAAGAACCUGGGGAGUGAAGAGGAUACACCAGGCUAUGGCUCAGUCAGGCUGCUACCCCAGCCUGAAGAACCUGGGGAGUGAAGAGGAUACACCAGGCUAUGGCUCAGUCAGGCUGCUACCCCAGCCUGAAGAACCUGGGGAGUGAAGAGGAUACACCAGGCUAUGGCUCAGUCAGGCUGCUACCCCAGCCUGAAGAACCUGGGGAGUGAAGAGGAUACACCAGGCUAUGGCUCAGUCAGGCUGCUACCCCAGCCUGAAGAACCUGGGGAGUGAAGAGGAUACACCAGGCUAUGGCUCAGUCAGGCUGCUACCCCAGCCUCAAGAACCUGGGGAGUGAAGAGGAUACACCAGGCUAUGGCUCAGUCAGGUUGCUACCCCAGCCUG